UCAGAGAUUUAAAGUUUAAGUGUGGAGCAUUCACAGGAGUCAUCUGUAGUCGUCUAACAAGCAAGAUGUUGAUGGUGGUACAACUGUUAUUACUGCUCUGUGUUGGCAGCUCAGUUUCAGAAGAUUUAAUGACACCAACUGUGAACAUUAUUGCUGAGCUGGGGAAGCUGAAGAAGAUGGAGGAAAAGAUUCAAACAUUACAAGAAACAUUAAACACAGUAUUAAGUGAGAAUGCAGCUUUGAAAAGUUUAGUACAAGAUUCACAAAAUAAGCUUGAAUCUUUCCUGAAAGAGAAUAAAGCUCAAAAGAUUGCCUUUUCAGCCGGACUUCUGGCAUCAGGAGAAGGCUACACUGGGCCUUUUAAAGAUGAUUGGAAAACUCUGGUCUACAAAAAAGUGUUUAGUAACAUUGGAGAUGCCUAUGACUCGAAUACUGGUAUUUUCACAGCACCAGUAAAAGGAGCCUAUUACUUCAGAUUUUAUGCUCAUUCACGUUCUCGAAUCAACCUGGGAGCCGGUCUAUUUAAAAAUAAUGUACCUCAAUGCUCUGUGUUUUCUUUUCAACCUACCCGCCAUAGUAAUGCCAGCAAUGGAGUCGUUCUUACACUGGAACCUGGUGAUCAAGUUCAUAUCAAAGUCUGGAGCAAUGCUCAGGUUUAUGAUGACAUCGAUAGCCUUACCAGCUUCAGUGGUUUUCUCAUUUUCCCCUUAUGAAUAUGGAGCUUGUGUAGUGUAAAUCAUUCCUGUGUAACUGUAUCAGGAUUUUAGAUGGUGUCCUCUGAAGACCAACAGUUUAUAUUAGUUGUCUAAAAAUUGCUUGUCUGGAUAAACCGUAAUGGUUCAUCUUGUGGUCUAUUAUCAGCAACAUAAUUAAUCAAUGCAAAAUAUGAAUAAUUUUGACUCUAAUGUCUCAUUCAAAACCUUUAUUUCAAUGUAUUUUGGAGAUGAUGGUUCUGUGUUUAAUACAACACUACACUGUAAAAACAUCUGUAGUUUUUACGGAGAAAUACUGGCAGCUGUGGUUACCAGAACAAUUCUGUAAAAAAUACAACUUAAAACAACUUAUAUAACACAUAAACAACUUUAAAAGAGACAGUGGACAUACACAAAGAUUGUAUCAUACAAACAAAAACAAAACAACAUCAGGGUAAGUUAUUAAAUCGCUCAGUGUCUAUGAGUCCAUUUUACAGAGUUAAAAAGUGACACUUAAAGGGGACAUAUUAUAAGAUUUUUUUUAAGAUGUAAACUAAGUAUUAUUCUAGGUCUGAGCAAAAGUGCAGUAGCGCCUCACUGCAGAACACGACAUCCAGGGGGCGGGGUUGGAUUUAGAUCCAGGGGCGGAGCUGAAUCCCGAUCCAGAGAUCCCAUUGGUCGCCAGUUUUACCACAAGACACGUCAUACACGUGUUGCUGCGUUACCAUUUCCGCAUUUAGUCGUAACUAAAUUAAGUUAUUAUUUUGACAUAAUAACUAACUUCACUUAUGACUACAAUAAAAGUAGUGCCUUUAGGGUGAAAUGUAAGUUUUUUGCUAUAAUGUUUUGGAGUAAAACAUUUUGGGUAAGCCUACUACGAGUAAUCUUACCACAUGCAGUUUAAGACCUAUUAAUGGAUACAGUAUUAAUAUGCAUAAUUAUUAAGAUAUAUAGGCUAUGGCAUGUUAUUUAGAAAUUAAUAAAUUGAAUGUUUAUCUUGUAUGGACUUUGAACUUGUUUUAACGCGUCUUGCUUACAGCCAUUAGGAAACAGGUUUACUUUUUUCUUAAAUUUGCUAAUAAAAGAUAUCAAAUAAAUAAGUUUAUAUAUUUACUCGUAUAGGAAUAGCUGUGUAAUAAGUGGGAUAAUGUACAAAUAAAUCCCUUCAGUGAUAUCAAACUGUCGGGAACGUGUCCUUACCUCCCCUUACACCUAACUGUGAUACUUUCUAAAUUAUGAAUCUUUCUCAACUAUAUUAUUAAUCAAACGUACACUUAAAUUGAUAAGAGCAAACGUUGGUGACCACAGGUUGCAACUAAUUGCGGGCUGCAACAACGCAAAUAUACUGGUUCAUUUGGCGGAACAAAGUAUAUAAAGUGGGAGGAGUUGGAUCUAGAUCCAACCCCGCCCCCUGGAUGUUGUGUUCCGCAGUGAGGACCAUCUCCAAAAGUGUGCCGUUUUGGGUGUGUCAUUUAAAAUGCAAAUGAGCGGCUGAAGUGCAACCACUGAUCACAAUGAUGGUGAUUUGUUGCAAUUGAAACUCCAUUGUGCUGUGAAUUAUUUUCUCUCUCUCUCUUUCUCUCCGUACUAAAUGGUUAUGCUGUGGUUGGAUAGUGCAGAUAAAGGGGGCGGUAUUACCUUAUUCUGACAUCACAAUAGGAGCCAAAUUACAAUGACCUAUUUUUUCACAUGCUUGCAGAAAAUUGUUUACCAAAACUAAGUUACUGGGUUGAUCUUUUUCACAUUUUCUAGGUUGAAAGAAGCACUGGGGACACAAUUAUAGCACUUAAACAUGGAAAAAGUCAGAUUUUCAUAAUAUGUCCCCUUUAAAUAAUGACAUGAUGAAUGAACAUUAAUGAUGAAAUAGAGAGCAGUCAAAACACAAGUACAACUAAACUACAGACAAAAUCUUAGAUGAACAUUAACUGUAUAAAUAUAACAUAUAAACACAUUCAAUCGCUCAAGAUCUGACCAGAGGAGAAUUAAACACAAACACCAUUAACAUCUACACUUAUUACAAACCAGUUUGACUUUAUUUGGUUUGUUUGAAGUCACCAUUAUAGUGAUCAUUGUUUCCUUAAAUCGGGCACUUGGCUGGUAGGUCUUUGGGUUAAGCUUUCUCUGAAUGUUAGAAUAAUGAGCCAAUACACAUAACUAUAGUCUAAGAAGCUGAAAUAAGUAAAAUUAAGUGAUGUUGGUAGAUUUUUAAAGAGUAACUAAACCCUAAACCAACUUUUUUUGGUUAAUGAUCUGUAAGAAUGAUGCUUUAUUAGUGCUGUUCAUUGAUUUUAGUCAGUUUUUUUACAUUUGGAUAUAAAGUGUUUUAAUACUACAAUAUAUGGUGUAAAAACGUCUGAGUGCUGCCCUCUUCAGGUUGAACGGUGGCUACUACAGUUUAAUUUUCCUAUUGGAUGUUGGGUCCAAAAAAUGACUCGUGACGUAAGUAGGUUCAAGCUCACCACGCCCUUGUUACGAUCUAACCACACACUUGGUACGAGCUUAGUUCGUCCCCUCUAUCUCCGUUGGGAUCUGCCCACUUUUCUUGCGUUUUUCAAAUAUUGGCUGUUGGUGGAGUCAGGCUCUGACCAGGGGUUUAGUUACACUUUAAUGAUGGUCUAGUCAUCUUAAAGUUAAUCAAGCAGGUAUUCUCAAAAAAAACUCUAAACAUGAACAUUAAGUUUUUUCUCUUCCCCAUACACUGGUUUUCUUGUGGGACGAUGUUUAGACUGGCAAUACAUUUAGACAAUUGUCACAGGGUGACUUUUAGGGCGGAACCAAAAAGGAAAAGGAGAGGUUCCGCCCGGACCAAAAUUUUAAAGCACCUUCACUUCCUCGUUCCCUGGGCAACCCAAACGAGGCCGAAUUCACAACAGGUGUGCUGAGGAAGGCAGCAACUUCUGAUUGGGUGAUGCAGUGAGUGAGAGGGAUAUAAAAAGGGCACCAAAUACACAAGAGGAAGAGUUGAUUUCGGGGAAAGAGCUGAUCUUGGAAACGCUCCGCUCCGCCAAGGGCGGAUUAAACGUCCACUCCUUAGAAGGCGCCAUUGAUCCGGGGAUCGCUAAGCGAGCGGAGAGAAGACGGCUGAAGGAGCCGACAGGAAGGAGGAGGACGUUUAUAUAAGGAGUCCCACAGAGAGUGUGCAGUUUGGCUGUCUGGUAGGCUGUGUACUGUGGCGGUGCAGUAGGAACAUUGCAUUGGAGUAGAAAGCGAGUAUCUGGGACAUCAAGACGGAUGAAACUUUGGCUGGGCUGAGUAUGAUUCGAACCCCUGUUGUUUGUAAGAUGUCUGCCUCACUUGUCAUAUAGAAGUGUAUGUGGAAUCGAAUCCUUUUAUAACAGUUAUUGGAUUACGUGAUACACAAAGGAAAACCGAACGGUGGGGGGAGUCAAAGAGACGAAGAGAGGAAGUAAUAUUCAUCACUUGUGAGUACUGAAAGUAUAAAAGUGUAACGUGUACAUUAAGCAUACCAGUUUGAUGCAUGUGUGAGUUGUAGCAACUGACGUAGCGGCUCCACCACGGAACGGAGCGGUGGGAGAGCCGGGAACGCAACACCACUGGGAAUUUGGCAUCAGCUACCUUUUCAACCUCUGGCUUCUUCAUUGCAGUGCCCCACGGAUUCUUUAACCGACCCCACAAAAGACCUUGGCCUGACCUUAUUUGUUCACCAAGUGUGUCGUGGGUGAGUCUAGAUUUACAGAGAGAGUGUGUUCACGUGAUUGUAUUGCAGUGAAGUGCUGUGUACUUGUUGUCAGAAGCUACCAUUGAUUGGAGUCGGCCAUAUUAGAACGGAGAAGACGCUGGGUGGAGAGCGAAGAGUCAGCCUAUCAUACGCUGUCCAAUAACCCUGAGUGUGGAGGCUGGUGAGACACUACGAAGUCUCCGGCCCGAGCAACGUGUAUUACGGUGGUGACGGUGAAAAAAGGGUACAGGAAGUAAAGAUCGCAUGUGAGUACAAUUCAGAGCGUUGGUUGGUUGGUCGGUCUGUGAGUGAAGUUAUUGCAUUGCUGAAGCUUAGUUGGCUAGUAACUGCCUGUCACGGAGCCUCUUCAAAGGUGCGCCCCUGUUCCGGUUCCAGCAAAUCCCACGUAUGGGAAGGAAAGGGCAGUGUUCGGCUCGGCAGUGAUGGCAUCCCUCUUUUCCGACUAAAGCCUCGGGAAAAGAAGAUUACAGACCUACUGCUCACCAUACCCAUCGCUUGUUCACCAACUGUAAGUGAGAGAAAGUUCACAGUUAAAGGUGAAGUGUGAUUUGUGUUACAGCCCUGAGCCCUCUAAAGGAGGAAAACGACGAGUCAGUUACCAGAGAAGUAUCUACCGUAUCCACUGCUACCAGCCACCUGCAAAUAAGAAAGUCACAGUAAAGGUGAAGUGUGAUUUGUGUUACAGCCCUGAGCCCUCUAAAGGAGGAAAACGACGAGUCAGUUACCUGAGAAGUACCUACCGUAUCCACUGCUACCAGCCACCUGCAAAUAAGAAAGUCACAGUUAAAGGUGAAGUGUGAAUGGUGUUACAGCCCCGAGCCCUCUACAGCAGUGGUUUUCAACUCCAGUCCUCGCCCCCCCCCCCCAGAAAUUUUAGAUGUCUCCUUAUAUGAAACACCUGAAUCCACUCACCCAGCUAACAGAAAAAAGUUCUAAGAACGUUCCCUGAAAGUUCCCAAAAACUUUCUGCCAACGUAAAAAGUGUCCAGUUUUCUUGACGUUCUAAGAACGUUUUUGUGUUGUCACAACGUUAGAGGAAUGUUACAUUUUACCAUUUUUAAACGUUAUGACAAUGUCAUGUUUUAAUAUUCACACAAUGUUUAAAACAACAAAUGUUUUGUUUCAUUUAAAGUCACCAUCAUUGUGAUCAGUGUUUGCACUUCUUCAGCUCAUUUGCAUUUUAAAUGACACACCCAAAAUGGCACACUUUUGCUCAGACCAAGAUUUUUAUUUAGUUUACAUUUUAAAAAAUCUCAUAAUAUCUCCCCUUUAAUCUGAAUUAGUUUUUUGAUGGUCACCACUAUUGAGGUUUGUAGGUUGAAUCUUGAUAUGAAUAUGAAGUGUCACAAAACCAUUACUUUACAAAACUCUUUCUAGACCAAUAGCUAUAUUUGCAGAAGACCAUAUACAUCAGACAUUGAACCAAUUUCUCUCUUACUAUAACUAGCAGUCACUCACAACUUUCAUGUGGAUAAAUCGAAAAAGUUGUUUUAACAAAUCAUUAUUUUAAAGUAGGACCAUACUGGCUAGACAAACCAAAUUCACUCUAUUUUUUUUGUGAUUUCUACUGCUCAUUUUUGAGAAGUUACAAGAUUCUGAUGUUUUAUUGAACAUGUUUUGUCACCAUCAUGAUGAUCGGUGUUUCCUUUAGUUGGGUAGUUUGACUCUUUAUUUUUACGUUGUAGUGUGUGCGCUUGAUGAUGAUGUUUAUUAAAACACAUUAUUAUUAUUAUUGCACAAAGUGUUUGCUACAAAACACAGUUUUUUUGUGGAUCAAAAUGUCACUGAUUAGUGCUCAUCAAUAACGUUGAUGAUCAAAAGUGGUGGUAUAAUAUAACUUUAACACAAUACAUUUCUUUAAAUAAUAGAUUUUUAUCUCACUCUGUAUUCUUUGGAGCUGAAACCAACAUUUAUAGAUGCACAGUUCUACUUACUGUAAUGGGAAAACCAAAUUAUAGCUGUAAUCAAAAAUGUAGAGUCUAGAAUUUUUGACACAGAUGCAGACAUCAAGAAUCAGCCCAUGAAUCACAAUGAUGGUGAGUUUUCUACAUGUUACAAUAACUGCACCAGUGUAUUAUAAAAACUCAUGAUUCACAGAGGAGAGUCCCUUUCACACAUAAAGUCUUUACUGGUAAUUUACUGGUAAAUUGCAGUUAACAUGUCAUGUGUGAACAGAACCUUUCCGGUAAAUCAGUGCUCCCAAUUUACCAGUAAGACAGGUUGUAAGAUUACCAGUAAUUUACCGGUAAGCGCUAUGUGUGAACGAAAAAUAUAGGAUUACCGGCAUUUAGAACGAACGACGUCAGACCGCGCUGACAGCUCGGGCCAAUCAGAACGUUUUUAAACAGAUGAUGCGUGUACCACCGCACUGUUUACGUUCGUUUCCACACCCAUGCUGCUUAAAAGUUGAGCACAACUGAAGUAAACAUCCACAUUUCUUCAAAGUUGUUUAAAACAGCUUACCAUAUGUUUGCCAAAUUGCCGACGUCCUUAGCACACCCUCGGUGAAGCCUAAUGUGUAAACACAGGUUCCGUUUGACGCCGCCUAACGUAAUGUUGUUUGGUCACGAGCAACUUUGCGACCGUUUGCCACAGAUGUGAAAACAACAAAAUACGGACGAUAUUAAGUCAUAACCCGCCAUUGUGUACAAAUACGGCACGGAGCUCGCGGCGGCGCCACAGGUAAUUUCCGCUUUCUCUCCGAGUUUACAUGUAUUUUGAUACUAAUGUGUGAAUGAUGUCUUACUGGUAAAAAGACGGAACGUCACUGCAUGUGUGAACAGCACAUUUUUGUAUUUACUGGUAAAUUCAUUCUGGUAAAUUCAUGGUAAUUUACUAGAAUUACUGUGUGAAAGAGGCUAAUGUCACCACUGUUGUGAUUCAUGGGGUCAUUCUUGAUGUCUCCAUAUGUGACAACAAAAUCUGGACAUUUAAUUUUAUAUAAGCGCUUCCCAGUGGUGUUAAUUAAUAAGUUAGAUGUGACACCACAAAUCAACUGAGAAAUUGAGACAAUGCUAUAUUGUUGACAAAUGAAUUUACAGCCAUUACAUAUGUGGUAUUAUUGUUGGCAAACUUUUAGUAAGUGUAAGACCCACGUGAGCUUUCUUUGCAACAAAAACCAUGCUCCAGUAAAAGCUCUUACAAAAACUAAACACUACUGUGAAAAAUGAAAGAGUCAAACUACCCAACUAAAGGAAUAAUGGUGACAAAACAUUUUCAAUAAAACGUGAGCAUAUAAAUCUCUGUUAAUUAGAGAGAGAGAGAGAGGGCUGAAUUAGGCAGAUAUCCCCUAAUUAUACACAUCCAAAAACGCUCCCUUAAAUUCUGGUCACACUUAAACUCAAGUCCCCCGAACACACUUCAAUAUGAAGCCCUUAAAACCCAAGAGAAGAGACCUAAAACCAGUCCCAUCUGUCAACUGGCUCUAAAACUCCAGACCAGCACUAAUGAACGCAAACAAACCACAAUAAACCAAAUCAUUAAAGAAAGUCAAACUUUAUAUUUGGAUCAUUGGGAUAAAGAAAGUAAAAACCAAAGUAAACUAGAAUGUUAUCGGGCACUAAACAGAAAAUACAGUCUGUCAGAAUAUCUCUCCACUGUUAGAGAUGUAAAGCAGAGACGAAUCCUCACUAAAUACAGACUCAGUGAUCACAGUCUGGCAAUAGAGAAAGGCCGACAUAGACAAACAUGGCUCCCAAAAGAAGAGCGAAUCUGUGUCCAUUGUGACAGUGGUGAGAUCGAAACAGAGACACACUUUCUCCUUUACUGUGGUAAAUAUAAAGAGCUUAGAGAAAAACACUUUGACAAAAUCUCAAAGCUCAUAGCAGAGUUUCAUAGCUCUUCAGAUUCAGAUCAAAUGAAGAUGUUACUGGGGGAAGACAGACACCCAUCAGCUGCUGCUAAAUUCAUUUAUCAGUUACACACCAUCAGAAAUAAUCUACAGCCCUGAUCUUGUACAGUAUUUUUAUUUUACCUCUCAUGUGCCUCCAUAAAUGUACAUUUGUAUACUUCAUAUGUUUAUAUUUCAAAGUCAACUUUAUAUUGUAAAUAUACUCUGAUUCUAUUUUAUUUUAUUUUGCAGUAGUACUUCA